GCCCCUCGCUCGCUCUCUCCCUCCCUCCGGCCAGGGACUGCCCCCGAGCUCAGCGGGGCGAGUUGGCCGUGGCUGGUCGUGCGCGUCGCGAGCGCUCUGGCUCACCUGGACAACCCUCAUCCCCGCCCCGCGCCUGGUCCCAGCUAAACUUCUCCGAGAGCGUCGGUCGGGCAGCGCGCGGUCCCCCUCGCGUUCUUGCUCCCCUGGCAGACGGCGGCGGCGGCGGCGGCGGAGUCGGGACGCGCGGCGAGAGGGGCGCCCCCGCCGGCCCCUCUGGGAACAUGGCGACCGGCGGCUACCGGAGCGGCGGCAGCACCACGGACUUCCUGGAGGAGUGGAAGGCGAAGCGCGAGAAGAUGCGCGCCAAGCAGAACCCCGCCGGCCCGGGUUCGGGCGCCGGCGAGCCGGCCGCCAAGUCUCCAGCGGGGCAGCUGUCCCCAACCGCGGCCGCCGGGACCUCGGAGCUCAACCACGGCCCCGCGGGCGCGGCCGCACCUGCUGCCCCCGGCCCCUCCGCCCUGAACUGCGCUCUCGGUCCCUCCGCGCUGUCCCGCUCGGCUCCCGGCUCCGCGCGGCGGCCGGAGGAUGAAUGCUCGACCUCCGCUGCAGCCGCGGGAGCUCCGGCGUCCCGGGGCGACGAGGAGGAGCCGGACGGAGCCCCGGAGAAGGGCCGCAGCUCGGGGCCCAGCGCCAGGAAAGGCAAGGGGCAGAUCGAGAAGAGGAAGCUGCGGGAGAAGCGGCGCUCCACCGGCGUGGUGAACAUCCCCGCCGCGGAGUGCUUAGAUGAAUACGAAGACGAUGAAGCCGGGCAGAAGGAGAGGAAGCGAGAAGACGCCAUCACGCAGCAGAACACCAUGCAGAACGAAGCUGCCAGCCUCUUGGAUCCAGGCACUUCCUUCCUGUCCCAGGACCCGUCAAGAACAGUUCCAGGCAGAUACAAGAGCACAACCACUGCCUCAGAGGAUGAUGUCUCAAGCAGAUACCCCCGGACAGACAGAAGUGGCUUCAACAGACACAGCAGAGAUGCAAAUAGCACAUUGGAAAAGAGAAUUGAAGAUCUCGAGAAGGAAGUAGUAAGAGAAAGGCAAGAAAACCUUAGGCUGCUGAGGCUGAUGCAGGAUAAAGAAGAAAUGAUCGGAAAACUCAAGGAGGAGAUUGAUUUGUUAAAUAGAGACCUAGACGACAUAGAAGAUGAAAACGAGCAACUAAAGCAGGAAAAUAAAACUCUUUUGAAAGUUGUUGGACAGCUGACGAGGUAGAAGACUCGAGGCUCGGUGUGGAGAACUCUACUUUUAAACUACUGAUUGAAUGUCAUGGCUAAGGCAAAGAUGAUGUUCCUGUGAUGGAAUACGAUGAGAUAACUGUAUAUUUAUUUCCAGACACCAGAUGGAUAUUGGUUUUCAAAGUUAACUCUUUUUCCUUGUUAGUUUUCAAAAGUAUCAACCUUGUAUUUCACAAAUUAUAGUAACACUUUUAGUUAUCAAAAUGAUAUAGGUAAUGUCUCUUGGUUUUGUGUAAUAUUCCAGUCAUACAUGGUUCAAAGUAACAGCCAUUUGCAUGUUUUAUCUAUGUCCGUACCUUUUCUCCCUAAAGGAACAUGCAUAGUCUUUGUUUACAUGAAUUCAAUACUAGGGGGAAUUGCCUACAGAUGCCUUAUUACUAAUGUGUGCGGCCUUCUGUGUGUUAGUACUCACUCAGAAAGACCUGUCACCUGUGGUCACCUGCUCUUCCCACUUGCUCUAAUGACUUUGAGUAGCAGUAGACACACUAUUUUGUAUAGCAGUAAUCUUUGAAAGGAAAUCUAUUUUACAGAGUUACCUAAUAUGUUCUAGCUGGCUAAAUAUAAUCUUAAGAGAAUACUUGAACUGUGUUAUAGUGAGUGAAAAUUUACUAUUCUGUGUUUGAAUAUUGAGAAACUUCAAUUACUUCCGAAAACCAGUUAAUGUAUAGUUUUUUUGUUUUUGUUUUUUGUUAAGUGAGUUUUUAUCAUGAAAAAGCAAUGUGAUCUAGGAAACUGACACACUGGUAUCUUUCUAAGAAAAUGACAUAGCAGAUUUUCUUAAAUAAUUUACAAAGAGCAGGAAUUAGUGUUCCCUGCCCACCCACAAUGCCCUGCCCUGAGCUGAUAAGUAGGCCCCAAGAGCUCAGGCUUGCAAAGUCUACAAAUAUCUCCUCUAUUCCUGUGGGGCCCUGUAAUGUAUAGUUUCUUAUGUAGGUACUAUCUAUCAGGUGGUUUUUGUUUUUUAUUGCUCUAUGGUUUAUUAGUAAAUAUGGGAUAUUUAAAAAGUUGUGUAUUCUUCUGGCUUCAAGUUGUGUACAGUUUCAGUGUUGAAGAAGAAAAUCAGUGCUUUUAAUACCAUGUGCUUCAAAAAUCAGAACCAAAAUAUUUUUCCACACUUAAAAUGUGUAUACGUUUGUUAACCUGUGUAAGUAAGCUCAGCUGAUUCCUGAGUCGGAGAAACACUGGGAUGUGGUUUUUCUUCAUGAGAGAAUAGUCCCAUGCCACAAGGGCUACUGCUUCCUAACACUGAAAAUUUUGAAAAUUCUACAUCCACCUUAUUUGAAGAUUUAUAAAAAUAAAGUUGUCUUCUGUUAAAUGUUCUUAGUAUUAUUGUUGUCUUGUGUUGUGUUUCUGUAUUAAGACCCCUCGCCCUCCGUUAACACACGGGCACCUCGUAGUUGAAUCUUCCCGGUUUUCUUCUCUCUUUUUAAUGGUUCUGGGGACUGAACCUGGCAGGCACUCUGGACGGGAGAAUUUCAGGUAGACAGCCUGUUUGUUCAUCAACAUUCAGAACUUGAACAUUGGGUGCCCUGCUGGCUUUUUUUAUUCCACUUACCAAUUCCAUUCAUGUAUUUUUGCUGGAAAAACAGGGAAGAUGAGGCAAUUGGGGAAUACUACCUUCUAGAAGUCUCUUCAUUGGCCACCAGUGUCUCUCCAACCCCUCACUUCAGAAGUUUGGGGUUGACCUUCAGAACCUCUUGAGGAACAGAAACAUGAGUUCCUGCUGUAGCCCAGAAGAGACAUAGUUUAGACCUUGGUCUGGUCAGCACCUGCCAAAGACACUCCCUCUCUCCAUGCCCUUUGAUGUGUAGAUGUUGAUGCUACCAUUCUGUGCUUGAAGACUUGAACCAGGGCCUGCAAUGGCCCCUCUGGUAAAAGUUCCUCCUCUCAGCCCUGGUAAGCCUAGGCUUCAAACUCCAGAACCCACAUGGUAGCAGAAGACCCAGCUCCCAUGAGUUGUCCUCUGUAAGCAUACAUACACACACACACACACACACACACACACACACACACACACACACACACACACAGAGGCACUUUCACACUAGAUGUAAAGAUAAUAAAGUGAACCAUUAUUCAAGAAAACCUGAGUCCAUAUUUGUCUUUUAUUUUGAAAUUUUACGGUCUCCCUUUACAGCCCAGCCUGGCUUGAGACUCAUUCUGUCACCCAGACCAGCCUCAUGAUCCUCCUGCUUAGGCCUUUUUAAAUUUUUUAUUUAUGUUUAUUUUGCUUAGCUAUAUUUCCUAACAUGGUAGAGUUGCAUCUUCACCCUGAUCCCGAGUCAAAUAGUGAGAGAUAAGUGUUUUGUAUUAAAAUUUUCAUAUGUGUUUCCAGCAGGCAUUUAAGUGGAUAUCUGCUGACUCCUCCACUUAGCCGAGUAUAGUCCAUGAAGUGCAUACCACGUGCGUGAAGUACAGCCUUAGCUAGCAUAAGUCUGUCCCAUCUGAAUGGCUGGUUCCAGAGUAGGCUUUUGUCACUAUUCAGCCCUUGUCUGGCAGGUCUAGUUGGUAGGGACUGUUUCAUUUGCUGAAACAUUUCUAAUCAAUAAAGGGAAAUAACCGACACACAUUGGGAAGAUUAUUGCCGUGUGUUAAUGUAAUUACAAAUUUAGAAAAGAUCAUUAAGAAAUGCCAUAAGUAAAAAAGAUUGAAUGUAUGGCACAUACAAAAAAUGUUGGUUAUAUUUGAAUGGAAUUGGUUGGUUAUAUUCAAAUUUGUAUUUUUGUAUGCCAUCAUCUGUCUAACCUUCAGUUCAUAUGCUGCCAGGCACUGUUAAUUAAAGUGGUAAAUCACUUGAUGGACAUUGAUUGAUUCUCCGUUUUAUUUUGGUUUCCCUUCUGCAUGCCGAAUUGAGUGUAUGGUUUGCUUUGUUUUGUUUUGACUGUUGUGUUGUUUUGUCAACUUACUCCUUAAAAUUUUUUGCUUCACAGUGUGGGGAUUUUGUUCUCAUGUAUUUUCUUUUUCUCUAAAUAUAAAAAGCAAAUGGCCAUUGCUACCAGCAAAAGUCAUAUGACAGCUAAGAUUUACUGUCUGGUUAAGAUCAGGAGUUCUGAAUCCAAAUAUUUGUGAAAAUUAUUUAGAUUAAGUAAAAAGUGUUGUAUGAACAGCUUUGGACAUUCCCAUUGUGUGGACUUGAUUAUGACAGAGUCAGCUCAGUACAGAUUCACGUUUGUAAUAAGCUUUGCAUGUAAAACAAUGAACUCUCAAUAAAAAGUACAUUUUCAUCUCCUGUUCAA